AUGAAUAUUAUCAAGAAGUUCAUGGACUCUGGUGUGAAACCAGAAGUUGUUUCAAUACCAGCCGGUCAGUUUUUCCUAUUAAGACCUAAGUCUUCACCGAAAGCCACCCUUGAAUGCCUUUACAAUGAUGCUACAUUAGCUAUCAGAGAAAGCGGAACACACCGGUUUGAACUGGUAGUUAGAAAGGAAAUUGAUGACUCAGAGUUGGCCUCUGGUGAUGGAACAGAGGAUUUUGAAGAUGACGGGCUGAGUGUCCUCUCUGGUCAGUCUAGAAAGGAAGAGGAAUGGAGUUUCAAUUUGGACGAAUCUCUGUUGUUCCAUAAAUCGUGGAGCGAACAGGGAGACGUUGUAUUUGUGUGGAAAAACAGUAAAGGAGACGUGGGCGAAAAGUUUCAGUUUGUGGUGAAUGCUGAGGUCCCAUUCUCAGAUGUUGGUCAUUUCCUCCAUACUGCAUACCUGUGCGAGUUCGAAUUCAAAUACAAAAAAUCCGCUAGUAAAGCUGUACGCGAAGACCUGCAGCAAUUUGAUUUCUCGAACGAGAAUGAUGAAAACACUUUGGCUGAUGACAAUGAAGAAGAAGAGUCAGAAACAACGCGAUUGGAAGCAUCAAUGAAAGUUCUUACAGUGCAGAGCAGCUCUGAAAGCGAGAGCGAAGAAGACUCGUUCAACGAACUUUUCGAAGAUGCGCUGGACGGCACGAACCCGAAGGGAACUCACAAAGAUGUGCUUUGCAGAAACAAGGCGACCAUCACCGUUGAAGAACAUACUGCCAUUCUCUUUAUUUACGAUCCUGGUGUGCGGAAAUUGAUUCCUCAGGACAACUUUUGCAAAGUGUCGAUUUUGGACUACGGAAAUUUCGAGUACUGGCUGUCGGUGGUGAGCGACUCCAUAAAACUGGGAGUUGAUAUUAGUCCCUUGGUAAAUCCGUACUUUGAGAAGGAUUCCAGAAGUUUUGUCUUCAAUUACACAAUGGAACAUAUAACUGUAACAUACAUGUUGGAAUUCGAAUCGGACCCAAUUUUCGCACAGUUCAAGAAAGCUUGGACUCAGGCCCUCUGGGAAGGUUUGAACCAAAAAAGCUGGCAUAGCAUUAAUGCUAAUGAAAAAAAUUGUAUUACAGACGCCAGCGAAGAAGAUCCAAGCAAAGAAUUGAGCCUGUUUUUGCAAGACGACGAGGAUAGUGAAACUAGCAGCAGCGAAUCAUCGGAUGGUGAGGAAGGUGAAAACGAUGAUCAACAGGGCGAUGUCGAUAGCCUCGACGAAGAUGUUGCGGAAGAACAAUAUCGCGCGUCCACUGCUCUUUCCGGCAACAAAUCUUUAACUGUUUCAUUCAACAACGAUCGCUCGUACGUCACUAGGGGCAAGAAAAUCGGUGUUUUCAAAGCUGAUGCAGACGGCAACGAUCUGAAUUUUGUCACUGCCAUCAACAAUGUCAGCGAUGUUAAAGGCAACGAAUUCGAGCCAGAAAAUCCUAUGCUUUACACUGAAGAUCAGGCUAUGAUCAUUCAAGAUAAAAAUGAUCCUUCCCGCAUCUACAAGCUCAACCUUGAGCGUGGUAAAGUGGUGGAGGAAUAUUCAGCUGGUGGUAAAGACAUCUUGAAAUACUCCCACUCUAAGAAAUUUGAUCAACUUACAAAUGAACAAACCUUUUUAGGUAUUUCCGGAAAGAGCGUUUUCAGGCUUGACCCGCGCAUAAGCGGAACGAACAAGGUUGUCACUGAAGAGAAUAAGGAUUACGCUACCAACUAUGGCUUCAGCUCGCUUGCUACCAGCCAGGAUGGUUACGUGGCAAUUGGUUCCGGUAAAGGAGAAAUUAGGCUUUUUGAUAAGCUGGGUAUACGAGCUAAGACGUUGAUCCCGGCAUUGGGCGAGCCUGUCAAACACAUCUGCAUAUCUGCUGAUGGGAAAUGGCUUUUAGCUACUUGCGACUCUUCUCUUCUUUUGGUGGACUUGACUAUCAAGGAAGGGAAGAAUGCUGGCAACGUUGGAUUUUUAAAACCUUUUUCCAAAGACGAAAUGCCUAAAAUUCACAUUUUGAAAGUACACCCCAAGACUGCUGCCUAUAUGAAAACAUCCACGAAAAAACCUAUACAAUUUACAAAGGCUUACUUCAACACAGGCAUAAAUCAGAAGGAGCAGACCAUCGUUACUUCCACCGGGCCAUUUGCGAUCACUUGGUCACUCAAAAAAGUCUUGCGCGGGGACAAAAUGUCGUAUCUCAUCAAGAAGUACAACUCUCUUAUUAUGGAGGACAACUUCAGAUACGGUUCGGACAAUAAUGUCAUUUUGGCGCUAAGGGACAACGUGAAAAUGGCCAAAAAAAGUAAGUUCAAGGCACCUUCUGCUGAAAUGAAGCAUCAGAACAAUUGGAAUGAGUUUUUGGAGCUUUCCGAACAAGCCGUGAAAAAAUGA